AUGGUGGCGGCUCGUGAGGGACACCAACAGACGGUCAAAACGCUCAUGGACAACGGAGCCAGGCUGGACGUUCUGGACUCGCUCGGCCGCACUGCCCUGCACCUGUCGGCGGCGGCCGGUCUCUCGGGCCUGUGUGAGACCCUGCUGGGCCGACCGGCUCUGCUGAACACCCGCUGCGCCGCCGGGCUCACGGCACUGCACCUGGCAGCGGCCGGCGGCUUCUCUGGUCUGGUGGAGUCGCUGGUACAGAGACAUGGAGCGGCCGCCGAUAUUGCCGCGCAGGACGGCCGCACCCCGCUGCACCUCUCCGCUGCGGCCGGUCACCUGGAGGUGUGCAGCACCCUGGUACAGGCCGGCAGCGACACCUCAGCACGAGACGCGGCCGGACUGACCCCCGUGCUGCUGGCGGCGCGGUACGAUCACGCUGAGGUGGUGAAACUGCUGCUCAAGUACAGCCCCGAGCUGCCCGACCUGGCUGAUAAGGACGGUAACACGUGCGCGCACGUGGCCGCUAUGCACGGGUCGGUGCACGUGAUCCGUGAGCUGCUGCUCUUCAACACCACCAUGGUGACGUCAUCUCGCAAUAUGAGGGAUGACGCGACACCUCUCCACCUAGCGGCGGCGGCGGGAAACGCUGAAGUGGUCAAAGUCCUCCUUGAAGCCGGCGCCAGCGCUUCUGAUGAGGAUAAACUCGGCCUCACCUGCGUCCAUCUGGCUGCCCGCGGCGGCCACAGCGGCGUCCUGACGCAGCUCAGAGACAUGGGGGUCUCCAUGGAGGCCGCCAGCAAAAAGACGGGCCUCGGACCGCUGCACAUCGCUGCGUACGACGGAAAUAUAGGCGAGUAG